GUCUCGGCGCAUGCGCACAGCCUGGCUCUCAGCGGCAACAGUACCAGUAACGACUACAGCAGCGGCGCUCAUCACUGGAUUUCAGCUAUUUACAGUCUCUGGAAUUCAUGAUAAAAGAGAAAACUAGUUAAAGGAAUUGUCAAGCAAAUUGGAGGAAAAGGUUUGCUGGGAUGGGUAAUCUACUUAAAGUGCUUACCAGGGAAAUUGAAAACUACCCACAUUUUUUCCUGGAUUUUGAAAAUGCUCAACCAACUGACGGAGAACGGGAAGUAUGGAACCAAGUCAAUGCAGUUUUGCAGGAUUCCGAAAGUAUUCUUUCAGAUCUGCAAGCUUACAAAGGAGCUGGCCAAGAAAUACGAGAUGCUAUACAGAAUCCAAACGAUAUACAACUUCAGGAAAAGGCCUGGAAUGCAGUGUGUCCUUUAGUUGUGAGACUGAAAAGAUUUUAUGAGUUCUCUUUAAGGCUUGAGAAAGCUUUGCAGAGUUUAUUGGAAUCCUUAACUUGUCCGCCAUAUACACCAACGCAACAUCUGGAACGCGAGCAAGCCCUUGCUAAAGAGUUUGCAGAAAUACUGCACUUUACACUGCGCUUCGAUGAGUUGAAGAUGAGAAAUCCAGCAAUUCAAAAUGAUUUCAGCUACUACAGGCGGACAAUAAGUCGCAACAGGAUAAACAACAUGCAUUUAGAUAUUGAGAAUGAAGUUAACAAUGAAAUGGCCAAUAGAAUGUCGCUGUUCUAUGCAGAAGCUACACCAAUGUUGAAGACUCUUAGCAAUGCCACAACUAGUUUUGUGUCUGAAAACAAAACUUUACCAAUUGAAAAUACAACAGAUUGCUUAAGCACAAUGGCCAGUGUAUGUAAAGUCAUGCUGGAAACACCUGAAUACAGAAGUCGGUUUACCAGUGAUGAGACACUCAUGUUUUGUAUGAGAGUAAUGGUUGGUGUGAUAAUCCUUUAUGACCACGUUCAUCCAGUUGGUGCUUUCUGCAAGACGUCAAAGAUUGAUAUGAAGGGAUGUAUAAAGGUUUUGAAAGAACAACCACCAGAUUCUGUGGAAGGCCUAUUAAAUGCACUCAGGUUUACUACAAAGCACCUGAAUGAUGAGUCUACAUCAAAACAGAUCCGGGCUAUGCUUCAGUAAAAUCCUACAAGUGUAAAGGAUGCUUUUACUGACCUCAGAAGAUGUAUAUGUUUACAUAAUUUAAUACAGAUUGAUGUUAAUACUUUUGUGUUUACAUAGCCAUUACCUUUUUGUCACUGAAUCCUAGAUGUGUAUUCUUAACCUUACUGAUUUAGCACAACCUGAAUUUACACUUUCAUUACAUUCAACUUGCAAAGUGAACAAAGAUUUUUUUUUUUCUUUUCUUAUUUUCUUUUACCAAAGUGCUUAAACCAUAACUUAAAAUAUUGUGAAUUGAUUGGUUGUUCCUGCUUUGAUGUUUUAAUUAUCAGUUUGUCAAGAUAUUGCAAUUUAGACACUUUUUUUUCUCUUACAUUUCCAGUUUUAGAACAAAGGCAUUAAAGUCUUCUGCUGCUUGUUCAGACCCAUCUCUUAAGAGAUGUAGACUGAAAUAGAUGCAUUUUUGUUUUCAGCAGUGAGUCUAGGCACCUGUGUGCAAUUUCUAUUGGAAGAACUUGGCUUUUAUUGUGUUCUGUUUGUACCCCAGUCUUUUAUUAAUAUUAGAUUCUUCUUCCCACACAGCCCAUUUCCUCUAUAUAUUAUAUAAUGAAAGGUUGGCUGCCUUGUGAAACAUUGCUGCUUGUUUGAGAUGAUGUACUCCAUUUCAGGGCAUGAGCCAGUCUGGAAAAUAUAUAUAAAAAGAAAAGAACAUAUAAAUGGUUAACUAUGUAUGAAGUCCUACUAGAAUCUACACAUUGCAACUUCAUUGCAGAACCAAAUAAACACAAUUGUGAUAGUGGUUCCUAACUGUACAUUUUAACUUAUUUUAUUUUUAUUUUGGUUGUAGGUCUUUUUUUAAUAUAUACAUUUUCUUAGCUUAAGUUCUCAGAUAUACCAUUGUUUUUCCUGUCAGUGUUACUGAACCCAAAAUGUCAUUUAGACUUUCCUUUACACACAUUUUUGUAUGUUACUUUGAGUCACAUCAGUGGGGUUGCACUAACAUCUUGUAUAUGAUUUUAGAGCAUUUAAACUGUUUAGUUUUUGAUAUCUUUUUAACUUAGUGCAGUAAAAAAAAAGAAAACAUGUAGUUAAAAAUAUUGUGUAUAGGAUGCAAUUAAAAAAAUCCCAAAUGUGUCCUUGAACUGUCAAACCACUAUUCACAGCUGCUAUACAUAAUUAAAAUUCUAAACUUAUCUGACAGAAGCAGAUGGUAUUAACAAAAUGUUUAUUUUUUAAAAGAUUUUGAGAGGAUUCUUUCACUUUCAUUCCCCAUGCUAUGUUGUACAUGGGAACAAUACUGUGUUUUAAUGUUCGAGUUGUGGUGAAGAACGUCCUUUGCAGUUCUGUGCUAAUAUACUAAUUUAUGUUUUUGUUUCCAAUCAAUUAGAAUUAGUUCUGACAUCUCAAAACUGUUCCAAAUACUUUUAAAAUAUUUGCAUCUUAUAAAACUACAACUAGUACCUGCAAAUAUAAAGCACAUUGAAUUCUAGAUUAUUUUUUUUAUACAAGAAAUCAUUAACAUAGAGCAACAUUUUAAGAUAUAUAACAUAUAUUGUAAAGCACAAGUGUGACCCCUUUAUCUUUAAAGAAAGCUGAAAUUUAAAGUGAAUGCAUUGUAUCACCCUAGAUGCGGGGGGUGUAAUUGUAUGGAUUUUCAGUAAAGGAGAGAAAUUGAACCGAGGCAGCUUUAAAGCACAACAGUAUAAACGGGCUGUUUUUUUAUAAUUUUGCUAAUGAACCUAAGCUUAAACACUGAACCAGCUUUGUUUUUUUUAUUAUUAUUAGCUCAUUACUUGAACUGUUUUCGGAGAACAUUCAGUUGUCCACCUUUUGUCGUCAUGUAUUUAAAAUAACAUUCUAGUAUAGAAAAAAAAUAAAGGAUUAUUUGUUUCUACAGAAUUUAUUUUUAAACAGAUUUUCUUUUUUCCUUACAAUGUGUUUUGGACAUAGUCACUGUGCAGGGUUCAUUGCAGCUCCAGAUAAAUGGCGAUUAGCCAAUCAGGGUAAGCCUACAUAUGUAUUAUCCAGUCACCAGCCAUAUCCUCAACUCGAGUUGCACAAGCCAAGGAGCGUGCAACUUUUUACUCAGUUCAACCUCUUAACAGUGGUUAAACGCGCUGUGUGAGAAUGCAAUUUGUUUAAAAAUAAAAUUUUCUGGUGAAAUAGAACUAGUAUGUCCCUUUAAAAGUUUAUAAACGGGAUCUUUGGUAACAAUACCAAUAACUUUGAAAUGUAAUUUAUUACUUUUUUUAGGGGAAACAGACAGAUGGAUAAGAGCAUCAAAAUAGCGACCGUUAAUGAAACACUGCAUUUUAAUAAGCUCUGAAUUCAUACUAACAGUUGUGCUCUAAAUAUGUUGCUAUAAUAUGAGAUUUCUGAUUAUUUGGCCCCUCCUAAUGUCACAAAGCAGUUUUACCAUAACAUUAUAAGCAAAGUGUUUAUUAACACAGGCAGCAGAAGAAAGAAAUCAGUGGAUGUACAAAUAUAGAAAGAAAUAGCUGGUGAAAUAAAAACAAACAAAUAUUUGAAUACAUUUCUAAAUAACGUUUUAAAAAUUACACUUACUAUAGUUUACUCUUUUUCCACCACUGCUGUCCUUCAAACCAAGUUUAUCUCCAAGUCAAGUCUAAUUUUUGUGUUACCUUUAAAGGAGCAUUAAACACUUUGAGAUGGUAAUAUACAAUGAUAAAUUGUAUAUAGAAAAAAAACCUCUGAAAUAUACUACUCAUUAUUUAUUUUGUCCCAUUCCCUUGUAAUUCCUUUCUUAAAUUGUGAGCUUUUCAGUAUCUAUUUAGAAAUGGAAGUGCAGAAUACUUAUAUUCCACACAGCCAUUGGCUGCCCACUCAAGUGACCUAUUUAUAACUGUCCCUAAUUGGCCUCAGCAGAGAAGUUAACUUAUGUUACAACAUGGCAGCUCCCAUUGUUUUAUAGACAGUAAAACUUAACACUUCAGUUAAUUUUUAAAGAGCUAAUGAAAAAAUACAUCUACGUGUUAUUCUCAGACUAAUCUUUUCUUUGAAUACAUCAUUCUAUCUAGCAUUUAUUUAGUGCUUAAUGUCCCUUUCAUAUCUGCUUAGUUGAAGAAUUAUUCAUGUAGGUUAUAAUACAGCAUUCAUCUCUAUAUUCAAUAGUGGGGCACUAGCUGCUCUAAGCAUUUCAAGUAUUUGUUUAAAAGAAACAUUAUGUUCUAUAGCUUUUAAAAGUCUGCUUUUAUAGGAAAUCUAUAAAGUCUGAUUCCAUCUAAGAACGUAUUGUUUCUAAAAGCAAGUGUCAAUCAGAAGGACAUUCAAAGUAAAGUUUUCUUGUUUUACUUUGUUCUCUGCAACUAACAAAUUUCUUAUUUGAGAUGGACAUAUUUUGAGUAAUAAAAAGCAACAUAGGAAAGUCCUAUACCUUUUACAUGUAUCUGGCGUCCCUUCCUAUCUCCCCCCCUUUUUAAUUUUUGACUGCCCAUUAAAGAACCAUUUAGUAUAUUAAAUGCUCAUGGUCACCUGUAGUUUGUAUAAAAUGCUAAAAUUAUUAGGAUAUUAAUUUAACAGUAAACCUUACACUGUAUAACACUGAUUUUAAAUACUCCAUUGGUCCAGUAUAAUUUAAUAUUCUGUUCGUGUUUGUUUUUGCUUUCCAUGUCACCUGUGUGCACUCUUAGAGAUGAAUUCAAUGGUGGGUGCUCCUUGGUAACACUUGAGUGGUUCGGUUUCAGGCAGCCAAGAUUUAUAUUCUAAAUAACUGCUAAUGUAGUGUGAUUAAUAAACGGCAAGCAACCCGGUGUUUCUAGUCAGUAUUAAACAUAUUCAAAUAUUAUUCACUGGAAUAGCUAUAUAUUUUAAUUGUGCAAAGGAUGGCUUUGUAUUGGGUACAAAAUAUCACCCUUAUUUUAAAGCCUUCAUAUAUAGUUUGCCAGGGGUAUUGCAAUGAUUUUGCCUGGAUUGCAUUUUUUUGUACAAAAGUAUGUGUGAUAUGAAAAUAAAAUUUUGGUACACCA